AUGGGCUCUUCAUCUACAGCAAAGAAGAAAUCAAGUUCCUCCUCCACCACAAUCACCAAGAAAAGAACCGCGGAUCAGGCCAACCUCUCCGAUGAAUCUUCUCAAGCAAAACGUCCUAGUAUUCACCCAGCAACCAAAGGUAUAACAUUAAGCACCAAGCCCAAGAACGAAACCCAAUACAUCUACGCCGUCAUCCAGCGAUCCAUCCCUGUCUACACAGGUAACUACCCCGAGGACAACGAGCGAGACGAGGGGGACGAGAUCAUUACAGUAUGCGGACCUUGGAGAUGCGAGUCGGAGGUGGUGUGGGAGUGGGAAGAGUGGGAUGGUCCGGAGGCUAGCAUUUUUACGUUUGAAGGGGAUGGGGAGAUGUAUGGAUGGUGGGUGGAUAAGGAGUGUGAGAUGGAGGGGGUGUGGGUGGAGAUAAGGAUGGAGGGUUUUGGGGAGGGGGUCGGAGGAGGUGUAGAGAAGGGAGAGGUUGGUUCCUGGAGGAGGGGUGGAGAGUGGGGAUGGGGGAUGGGUGAUGAGUGA